AUGGCCGAAACAUUUAUAGUACACGACGAGAGCAUUCUGAAACCCACAUUCGAGGAAUUUAGCAACUUUAAAAACUGUAUGGGUUACUUGGAUGAAAACUAUUUUGAUCCAGGUUUUGCUCGUAUAGGUGCUCCUCCUGAAUGGAUCGGUCAAUGGGAUGCCGUAUCUUCUAUACCAAGCAGUUUGUCAAUAAAACCCAUCAAGCAGUUGAUUCAAAGAAACGAUAAGGGCUAUUUAAUAUCUGCACUACCAAUUAAAUCUCGCACAAUGACACUUGGGGAUUAUGUUGACCAAGUAUCAAAAACUGAGCGUCAUUUUAAUAAUAUCAAUGAACCUGGCAAGACACCCAGUGGAGAAUUAGUCAGUGGAAUUCACACUCCCUACUGUUAUGUAGGCAGCUGGAUGUCAUCAUUUGGUUGGCAUACUGAGGAUUAUGAUGCAUAUUCCAUAAAUGUACAACUUCACGGGAAGCCAAAAAUAUGGCACUUCAUACCGCGUGAAGACGGACUCCGUUUUGACAAUAUUGUCUCAA